UCACUGAAAGCCUCACUAAUCCUCUUGGCUGCUUGUCCUUUGUGAGGUACGGAGGGAUGCUUUUCAAACUGCAAGGAAAUUUUAAUAAACGUGACCGCCAAUUUGUGGAUUUACUUUCCUGAUCUGUGACAGGUGGAAGCAGUUUUUGAUAUGGAUUUAUUCACAUUUUGUUUUGGCAGUCUCCUGGCUGAGAGGGAUUGCAUUAGACUCGCCAGCCUCAACCAUCUGAAAAUGACAGACACGGCAGGUGGCUAAGGACUUGGUUAUUUAUUUUUUUGGUCUCUUCUACUGGUUCGCUCUCCAAGAAAACAUAUCGCAUUUGAAAAUGGGCUGCUCACCAUCCAAAGGUAGUCACUUUGCCACUUUAGGUCCCAUGAGGAGGGGGAGGAUGCUCCCCGCUGUGCCUCAAGAAAUAAGUUCUCAGCAUGAAGGAGAAAGUAAAAAAUCAACAGGAUCUACAAAUGUAGAUGCAAAGGAGAAAACGGGACCGUCACACGUCCAAGUAUCUCAGAAAGAGGCUCAAAUGACCCCACUAAAAAGGCGACCCGUUCCUGAACAAGUGAACAUGGAAGCAGCAAACGCAGAUAAAUUGGAAAAUCAGGUAAAAGUCAACGGCGCGGCGUCACUGAAAAAAGACAAAAGCGUCGACAAACAGGACUUAGCAGAUAAAAAACCCGGUAAAAGAACACGGAAAACUGCCAAAGGGGCGAAAACUCCCAAAAAGAACAACAAAGAUAAAAGCAAACCAUCUUCAGAUCAAAAAGUGGAUUUUCCGGAGCCAUUGGUGAAAGCUCAUCAAGCUGCUUAUGCCUUUUUGAACCCCAGCAUGAACAAGUAUGACUGUCUGCUUGGACUUCUGGAACAAGCCACCCAAACUCAGGCUCUUGUGCAACCAAUGGUGGCUUUCAUGGCUCUGCGCUAUGAGGAAAUCAUUCAAGGACUGGAAGAGAUGGCAGAAGAAGGUGAAAAACUUUUGAAAGAAAACGGAGAACAUCUAGCUUGGCCGAGCCAAAUGAAAAACCUCUCCUCCUCUCCGGCUCGUAAGCCCGGCUCUGCUAACACCGAGCCCCCACCAGAUUUGUUGCAGCAGCUGCUUCAGUACACCACACAGAGAAUGAGGAACGUCAGUCGGACUGUUGGUGGGAUUGGGGACUCUGCUUUGGAGGAGGCAGUGGAAUAUUUUGCCUCAGUGUCAGAUCUUUUGGAAGAGAAACUGAAAGUGAAGCAUGCGCUGGAGAACAGACUGCUGCAUCUCUUGACCCGUAUUGAAAUAGCUUCUUUGCGAAAGCCUGGACCAGAGGAUUCUGCUCUCUUUAGCGAGGACAGCGGAAUUGGGGCUGAGAAUGAUUCCCUCAAUGGAUCUGAAAAAGGUCAUAGACGAGAGAGCUGUGGGUCUCGUGGGACAAACAGAAGCUCUGGCAGUCCCAUGGACACCUAUACAAACAAUAGUGGAUUGUCGAGGCGCAAGUAUCAGACCCAAAUAAGCCCAAGUGUUUCCCUCACCUCACUUAACUCACUCAGUUCUACAUGUACCAUAACACCUAGUGACCCAAGAGACUCCCUGUUAGGAUCCGUCUCCUUGGAUGAUGGGGAAGAGGAUGACAACGACAAUGAGGAAGCAGACAGAGAAGUGGGAGUCAUGAAAGAUGUCCUUAGAGUACGAUCUAAAUCUUCACCGCUCAGUGGCACAAAACCGCCUCAUCGCCUACCUAAAACAUGCAUAGAGAAUCCUCAAAAUGUAGAAAUGACUCUCAAAAUGAAGAAUGCCAUAAGUGGUAAGAUACAGUUUGUACAAAAACAGAAAACCAACGCCAAUGCAAGAGUGGCAAAUGGCUCCAAAACCACUGGAUGUGAAUGGACAGAUGAGGAGCUACAAUCUCCAAAGAGGCCUCAGACAUCAGCGGCUGUUCAGAGGCCAGGAGUCAAAAAGAGCCCAGUUGCAAGAGGACAACGCUCCCGGUCGGCAGAAUCCCUCAGAAGCAGAGGUGAAGAUCCUACGCUGCUCGAGCUGGAGAGGACACAGAGGGACUUAAACCAAAGGUUACAGAAGAUGGGCAAAAGCAAGAUGGGUGGCAACUCAAGGACUGCUCCCCUUAGACAUAAUCAAGGAAACUCAUCAGCUCAGUCUCCAGCAACAAAUCGCAAAUACACCUUACAAGAUAGGGACAGUAAAUCCCAACUACCUAAUAACAAAACAAGCCUUACAAAGAGCUCUACUAAAAAAGAGGGAUUGACCAAAGACUUGGAAGAAGACUCACAGAAAGGAAAGAAAACUUCAGAUGGUCCAAUAAAAGCCACCCCACCGCCUAGUCCCCCUUCAUCGCCACGGCCAUCCUCUGGCCUUCAGAGAGGCAGGAAUUCAGUCAAAAAACUGAUAGAUACCUUCAGUCAAGGAAUCGAGGAAAGAGAAGGUCCAAAAGUUCCUGGGCCACUGAAAGGUAUCCAAAGAUGUGGUGUUCCAGUCCUUCCUGGUUUAGGAAAUGUUGAAGCUGUGCUCAGUGCUGGCCUGACAAGUUGUAGGCCUGAGUCGACAACGUCAGAGAAAACAGAUUACCUAGAUCUGGAUAGUCUUCCUCCACCUCCGCUGGAAGUCCUAAUGGAUAACUCUUUUGAAAGUGCCCAGAAUGGAUUGACUGCAGCAGGGGAAUUUGCUGCAAAAGUAGGAAAGUCACCGGUGUUAAGAAGAGCUGCAGUAUCCCAACGGCUGAAGGCUUCAGUUCAGCCGGUUACAGUACUGCCAAGUAAAGGAGGCCUUCCACAAUCCACAAAGGUAUUUUCUACCGCUAGACCGGAUGACCCAGAUCCAUCAAAGGUUAGCCAACCAGAAGCUCAUCCCGGGAUGGAAACCAAUUCCUUGUGCCAGCAAGCCAGGAAGAUCAUAAACCUACGACAGUCCUCAGAGAAAUCGUCAUCAAGUUGUUUAGCAGCAACCAAAGUUCAAGCAGAACCACCUGAUUUAAAGCAUGGUGGAGACCUUCCAGUGCCUGAACCUGACAACACAGCAUCCACAGUGCCUCCUCCUGCAGUAGCUGCCAGCCUACCACCGGCCACCCCGCCUGUCUCUAGAGGAAGGAUGUUACCUUCCACACCUUCUACCCCAGGCAGCUUACAUCGAAGACUCCCAAGUCCCCACAGUUUGAAAAGAGAAUCUACACCACCCUCAUCCACCGCUCCAUUUGUGAACAGGACUCUUCCUACACUACCAGCCCUUCAGAGAAGUCUCCCCAGCCCAACCUUCCCAAAGCAGAUGGUUUUAAACUCAAACUCAUGCUCCCCAUUCUCUUUAAAAGCCCCGUCUCCACCAGCAUCGCCAAAGGUCCAGAGGCUUCUUAGACAGAGUAGCAGUGAAGACCCAUCUAAUGCUCGGGGGUUCAACAACGCUCGUUCAGUCUUCUGUCCAGUUUCAUCAUCCAUGUUUGAGGCCAAGUCUUGUUCAGUUCCACAGCCACCACAAGCAUGGACGUCUACCAGAGUUUCUGUUCUCUCAACCUUCUGGGGGGGUCGAGGAAGGUUCCCCGUUUCUGUUCAAGCACCUCGACCCUUUGUCCGCCGCAGCCAAUCAGAUCGAAGGCCGAGUCUGAGUGGGACACGACGGUCUCAUGGCACAUCAGUGUCUGAGACUUGUGGGAGUGAACCAGCAAUAUGUUCAAAGGGGCUGGACGACGAACCAACCAGAGAGGAGGAUUUAUGGGGCAGCCAGUUGGACAUCAGAUCAACCCCACGCUCUGCAUCACAUCCGGACCUGUGUGUUGUUGGCCAAGCCUUACACAGGGACUAAAGAGAACAACACCAGGCCAUCGGGAUUAUAGAUUAACAGGUUUUACUGGGGAUUAACGAUAAUAUUGUUUGCUCCACUGGACUCUAUACGGUCAAUAUUUAUGGGUUUUCAUUAAUAUGUCAAAGAUGAGUUAUUGGUGACCAUCUUUUUUUUACUGUUUGGUAAAUAAAACUUAUCCUUCUGUUGUGAAAAAUGUGUUUAAACUGUUUGAUGAUUGUUUUUUUUUGCUAUUUUCCAUCAUGUAAUUUUUGCUAUUUGUUUGCAAAUAAAAAUAAAAUAAAUACAACCAUUAUAUGACAUCUGUGCAUCAGUAGCAUUCUGUAGAGAAAAUAGAAGCAUCAACGUAGAUUUCUUUUUCAUGAAGUAACAUUUUUUCUCACUCAAAUAUUAGUGAAACCACUCCUGCAAUGAAGCCAGUUAUCCACCAGGGGGCGAGCACGUCCUAUGAUCCAUCCCAGCAGCUCUGAAGCCAAAGAAAACCUC